AUGAACCACCUCCGGGCGUUAUGCAAGAAGACAUUGAACCCGAAGGUCUCUGUUUUGAGAUUGUUGAAUGGUCACGAAGAUCAGGAGUGUCGUAGGAAUAAGGAGAUUAGACAAGGGGAAGAACCUGAUAAACGCCGGAAGAUAGAAGGGACCUUAAAUCUGGGAAAAUUAGUUCCAAAGAUUACGUUGGCACAAUCAAAGGGUAAGGCAUGGGUAGCGGAAGAGGGGCAUAAGGAAAUCCGUAUUAAGGAGGUUCACCGCUCUAGAGAUGAUGUUAUUACUCCGAGGGAUCAUAAGCGAACUGUUCUGGAAAUUAGAGUUGUUAAUCAACCAACGACUGCUAACAAAGAGGGGGAGGAGGAUGGGAGUUCAAAGAACCAAUUGACGAAUGUAUUCUUGGAACCCAAAGAAGUGAUUCAUAAUCUGAAAAUCACGAGACAGGUUAGAGACCGCUGUCAAGAAAAUAGAGAAGCUUCUAAUAUCAUUUUGGAGGAACAAAUCAAUCAACAUGAUGUAGUUCGAGGUAAAUCACAUGAGUCUUUCGUAAUUUGGCCCAAAAUAUUGAUGAGAAAUCAUAGAAUUUUUCUAAAGCAAAAGGUUUGGGCAAACGAUGAUAUUCUAGAAUUAGGAGAGAAGGAGAAGGACUUUUUUGGCAGAGGAUAUUAUUCUGAUCAGGAGACUCGUUGUGAAAUUUUGGAGGACUUGGAGGUUCUAAAGAAUUUUAGCAAGACUUUGAAUUGGAAAUUAGAUACAGAGAAGCACAAGAAGAUGAUGAAGCUGAAGGCAAAGCUAAAGAGGGUGCCUCUGUGA